CUGUGAUUGUUAUGGAAUGAAACAGUUUUGUGUAUUUACGUAAAGGUGUAAAUACACUACUGCAGAGAAUUCUUGGCUGUCUAAGCAGCAACAAAGUACAUCUUCAAUUGGAAUUUAAACUGUGUGGUAGCUGAUAACUGAGAAGCUGUUUUGAUGACGAACAAUCUUCAGGUGUUUAGAUGGGUGAAAGGACUAAUAAAGGAGGCGGCUCCUGAGAAAAAGGUGAUGACUGUCUACUACAAACCUAUUCCCCAGGAUGACCUUUCUCCCCCUGUCUCACCCAACUCUAGCUGCCUCAGGUUUUCCCGCUUCAGAUUGGCUACAUUCUUAGUGGUAGCAGCAUUGGCAGUUCUGUUUGUGACACUUUCGUGCCUGAAUGGAGGCUGGGACUUCCGAGGUAGUGUGUGCCUCACACCUACAGACUCUGCGCUAGUUCACAAUGUUGUGACUACCCACAGUCCCUUGGCACGCCAGGUACUUCCACAUUGUAUCAUCAUUGGGGUGAGGAAGGCUGGUACAAGGGCCGUUCUGCAGUACCUACAGCUUCACCCAGAUGUUGCCGUCGCCGGGUAUGAGGUGCAUUUCUUCGACGAUAAUGUCAACUAUAGUCAGGGAUUGGAUUUCUACCGCAGACAGAUGCCCUACUCUCUGAAACAUCAGCUUACUAUUGAGAAGACACCAGCUUAUUUUCAUACCCUAAGAGUUCCUGAGAGAAUUGCCAAGAUGAAUAAUUCCAUUAAGUUAAUCUUAGUGGUCCGGGAGCCAGUGCAGAGGCUCAUCUCAAGUUACGUACAGCUUGCAUCAAAAAAAGACUAUUUUCCGACUUUUGAAGAAAAAGUUAUUGAUCCGGACACAGACGGAGUGAAUGAAAAUUUCAAACCAGUUAAACGAUCACUUUAUUAUAUUUUCAUGAAUCGAUGGCUUAAACACUUCCAACUAAAUCAGAUUCAUAUCGUGGAUGGGGAUUUACUGAUCCGUGAUCCUUUUCAGGAAAUCUAUAAUGUUGAAACCUUUCUUGGUUUGGAGCAUAAAAUUUCAAAAGACACCUUUACUUUCAAUCGAACUAAAGGCUUCUAUUGUCUUAAACUUGAUGAUGAACUUGGGAAGAGGACCAAGUGUUUGUCAAAGAGUAAGGGACGCAAGCACCCUGCUGUUGACCCGGAAGUUCUAAUUCAACUGCGCAAUUAUUACAAAUCAGCCAAUGAUUUAUUCUUUCAGCAAGUUCAUCGGAGAUUCAAGUGGUCUUAGCCUGCCAGAGUCUGGAUAUCGACACAGAUCUAUACUUAUUUUUUCAAUAUGGUAUAAUAUAUAUAUAUAUAUACUGAAGUUUUAUUCAGUGAUAAUUUUUAGUUCUUAGUCACCGUGAACGCCCCCAUGUUGUUGUUCAUCUUAAACAAUAUUCUAACACACUGCUUAAUUAAUCUUCACCUCAACAUUUUUUCGUUGAAUUCAGUGAGUAAAAGAGUAAGGUAAAUUCUAGCACCUGCCUGAUUUAUGUGUAAAUUACGUUGUUAUGUAUGUUUUCAGCAGAAUGUCAAAACACAGUUAUUUCAUUUUUCCUUUUUUGUUUCUAAAGAAUAAAUGAGAUAAAUUUUUAGUCUAACUUUUUACAUCAAAGCCAUUUUUAAUGUUGUUUUACUUAAUGUUGCAUGUUUACCUAACUGUAUGGAAUCAAAUAUCAUUGAAUUUUAGGUGUUGGUGAAAUGUAGAACAACGAGGGAUGUGUUCUCAUUUUCCCCUGAAUGAGGGUACUAUACACCCCAGAUGGAUGAAAUUUAAGACACUUUUCAAGCACUGUCCUAUAUUUCUAUAUGGAUACAUUGUUAGGGGAACACUUUGACUGUAUCUCCAGAUUCAAAAUGCAAGGGAAGAACAUUGAUGAUCUGUUUCAAACAUUAUACCAAAACUUUUCAGAGAAGGAAGAAAGUUACGUGGUACAGAUAGGACCAGUGAGGUAGUUAGGUAACAGUGUUCCCUACCUAUGGAGGACAGGUUUGGUACAGAUAGGACCAGUGAGGUAGUUAGGUAACAGUGUUCCCUACCUAUGGAGGACAGGUUUGGUACAGAUAGGACCAGUGAGGUAGUUAGGUAACAGUGUUCCCUACCUAUGGAGGACAGGUUUGGUACAGAUAGGACCAGUGAGGUAGUUAGGUAUCAGUGUACCCUACCUAUGGAGGACAGGUUUGGUACAGAUAGGACCAGUGAGGUAGUUAGGUAACAGUGUUCCCUACCUAUGGAGGACAGGUUUGGUACAGAUAGGACCAGUGAGGUUGUUGAAUAACAGUAUUCCCUACCUAUGGGUUCAGUUUUGUGCAUGCCUUCUGUCUUAUAUAUAAAUAUAUAUAAUAUUGUAUAAUGCUAUCAUUCUAUGUAAAUUAAACUUGGAUGGAUAACAGUUAAUCUGUUUGGAAUAUCUUCCUCAAAACUCCCCUCCCACUUCCUCCCCACAGCCUCUUUAUGCAUUUUCCACCUUUUUUGGGGGAUUACAUUUUUCAUCCUCCCCACACAGUCACCUCUACAUUACUAAAAUGACUUCAUCUCUUUGGGAAUGGAUGCAAUUUUAAUGAAAAUGUACUCUUAGAAAUACCACAGAGCUUAUAUUUUCGAGGUUCAAAGGUCAAGGGCAACAUUACAAUUUAUGAAAAAUGAUAUGAAACACACAUGUUCUCCACAAUACUGUAACAUAGAAGAUGACAUACUGUAACAAUCGAUGUUUUGUAGGUAACAUGUGGUAACAAUUAUUGUAGGUUGUACGAUAAUGUAAAUAUAUAUUUAACCCUUGCUCAAAUGUUUUAGUAAUCUUUAUACUUAACUAUAGCUUAAACAUUUUCAAAAGUACUGUGCAGGUCUUUAUGAAGUUUGUAAAAUCAAAGAACAACCUGUCAUUUUAAAUAUUGAAGUAUGCGAUUGUUUUUUUGUUUUUUUUUGUCAGUUAGAAAGUCAAAAUAAAGUUUGUGACAUUGAAGGCAAACCUGUCAUUUUAAUUUUUAGACACAUGUUCAUAUUUUUCUACAAGAACUACAAGUUAAAAUGUGCCAUUUAACAUUUAGACAUUGUUUUGGUUUUGGUCUAUAAAGAAUAUAUGUUUAUUACACUGUCCUAUAAAAUGUUUAAUGCUGAUUCACAGGUUGUUUUUUUAACAUAGUGUUAGUGCUAGCUACAUUUAUCACUGGUGCUUGGUUAUAUGUGUAUAAAGGUUUAAUAUAUUUUCUGCUUUUUUGUAAAAUGAAAACUUUGAAAUGUUUGACAUUGAUUUGAAUGUAUUUCAGACUAGUUAUUUGUUUUGAAAUAACUGUUUCUGAGCUUGAUAGAUGACUUAAAUCCUUGUUUUGUGUUCUGUAAGGGUUUCACCAUAUCAACAAAUACUUCUCAACUAUACUAUUAAAAAAAAAAAAAAAAGUUAAUUUCUUCAACUUUUUUUUUUUUUUUUAAAUAUAUGACACCAUUUAAUUUCAGUAUUGUCUAUCUAGUUUUAAUUCUACUAAGCCUGAAGCAUUAUAACCUGGCAUAGUUAUCGAGGGUCAUGUUGAUAUGGUGGCACCACUUUGACAACUACAGGGUGAUAUUGUUUUAUAUGUACUGGUUAGUGAAGGACAUACCGGUUACUAGGAAGGGUUUCUAUACAGGCAGCAGUUCCUUAAGAUUUACUUUUCUAAAUAUUUUAUGUACUAUGUACAUCAAUAACAUGAGCUUUCAUUAGUAUUAUACCUACCCAUGCUAUUGUAUAAUAGGUGUACCUGGUCCAUGUUAUCACUAUGCCAAAAAUUGCUUGCCGGUGUAUUUUGGCAACCUUACUACAUGUAUCCCUUGUGUAAAUAAAAGUACCAAGCUAUAUUUUGUCAUUGCAGCUAAUCAGUGUAUUCCAUGGUGUGAUCUGCAAAGAAUAUUUUUGUGGAAAUAAGGUGAAAUAUUAAUACUGUCUGAUGGAAUGGUUUAUGAAUUAUUCCAUUUUUUUUUUUUUUUACAAAAGAUAUUGAGUUAUAGGAAAACUUUAAAAUUACUUGUCACCUUAAUUACAUACCUCGGCGUCAAUGUAUUGAAGCAAGUGUGUUUUAACACUUGCCACACCCCCCCCCCCCCCACCCCCACCCCCCUUUUCAGGAUCUUGUUUUGUUGACAAUUAUGUCAGUUGGUGUUUGUAUGCAAAAAAUAUUACUGUAACAACACUUUGUUGCCAUUAUUUUACAAAUGGUUUGACAGUUUUACAGGGUCAUGUGAUAGUUUUACAGGGUCAUGUGACAGUUUUAUAGGGUCAUGUGACAGUUUCAAAGAGUCAUGUGAUCACUCUUAUACAUUGGCUUUUACAGGGUAGUCUUGAUUGUUCUGGCCGCUCACAGCUUGGAUGCUGUGAAUUAGAGCCCAGAUAUGUUUUUAGCAAAUUACAUUUUUCAAAGACAAUAUUGCUCCAGAAUACUCGAUACUCAAAUUUUACAUACUCACUGAUUUGUGUCAGAAUACUCGACACUCAGAUGCCACAAUACCUUCACCCUGACUUGUGUCAGAAAUUGUCAAUUGUUUACUAACGUCAUACUCACCACAAUCAGAAGUUAUGUAGUAAUGUAUAUUAUUGAAAAUGUAUUUGCCUCAGCCAAUAUUGUCAUCUGUGAAUUUAAUUGUGAUACCCCUUAAUUCUAUAUUUUCUCCAGUUCAUUGAUCAUAUUUAGUUAUCACUGAUUAGUUAGAUCAAGUGAGUAUUGUCAGUCAGAUCAAGUUAGCUAUGAUUGGUCAGAACAAGUUAGCAAUGAUUGGUCAGAACAAGUUAGCAAUGAUUGGUCAAAACAAGUUAGCAAUGAUUGGUCAAAACAAGUUAGCAAUGAUUGGUCAGAACAAGUUAGCAAUGAUUGGUCAGAUCAAGUUAGCAAUGAUUGGUCAAAACAAGUUAUCAAUGACUGGUCAGAAUAAGUUAGCAAUGAUUGGUCAAAACAAGUUAGCUAUGAUUGGUCUGAAUAAGUUUGCAAUGAUUGGUCAAAACAACUUAGCAAUGAUUAUGAAGACUUAGUUAGGAAGAGGAUGUGAUUGAAAUGACAUCUCUCAAGAUGAAGUCUCAGUUUCACUGUAAUUACAGGGAAAUACCAGUACAUCAUCUUCUCACAUGAAAUCAAAGUUACAUCAUAUAUUGAAUAUUAUUUUAUUUAUAUAAUGGUAAAUGUAUCGAAAUAAGUCUAUUCCUUUAUUUGCUGAAAUGUUUUUUUGCACAUGAUAUAUCAAUGUAACAUUUACUGACAGAGUUUAACUGUUUUCAGGAUUGUAAAACAUAUUGUCUGAUGGAGAAAGUUAUAAAAUGUAUUGAGAUUUAUUAUUUUUGUAGAAGAAUCAAAAGUAAAUUGACUAGUCAGUGUAUCUGUUGUGUACAACUUCCAUGAUCUGUAAACUAACAUUGUUAAGGGAGAUCUGCUGUAAUUCACAUUAGUUAUUUAUCAUGAUUAUAAAUGUAAACCUCAAUAGUGGUUUAGUACUUUUUAGGUCUGUUUAGCCAAAAGUUUAUGUGAUCUUUUGACCUCUGAUCUUUGUCAAAGGUUAACAUGAUGUGUUGACCUUUGAUCUUUGUCAAAGGUUCAAAGGUUAACAUGACCUGUUGACAUGAUUUUUGUCUAAGAUUAACAUGAUCAUGUGACCUCCGUCACUUUGUUAAAUCUUUCAUCAUUUCACAUUCUGAUUUCUCAAAAAAAAAAAAAAAAAAGGUUGUCCUGAAUUGGUCUGAAGUUUGUUUGGAAGGGAUGCUAAGUUGAUUUGGAUAAAAUAAGUUGUAUGAUCACAGCUGGUUAAAAAUAGAAAUAUUUACUGCCUGGUAUUUCAUUCCCCAAUGGUAAUCUUUUGUGUCAGCCAUUUUGAUUUGUGCCUGAACUAUUACUUGGUAAAUAUGUGUAUAUUAUAGAGUUCCACAAUACACCAAAGUCAUGCACCCAAACUGAUUUAAGGACAAUUGAUAUUCUCUGUCUGUGGUGUGGGCACAUCCAUGGGCCUCUUGCACCAACAUUGAAUUUCUUCUUAUAAGCUGUAUCUGUGUUUCCAAUUUUUUCUAUCCUUUCAUGUACUGAAUUGCAACAUUCAUCUGUUAACCAUUUAGGUGUGCUGUCGAUCUCUUAGUAAUCAACCUUUUUCUUUUCUGUAAUUUAUUUGUAAGGAUAUUUUUUUUACUAUGCUUUUAAUUUAAAAUUACCUGUGAAAUGCUAUAGAUAUUACUGGCAUGACCAAUAGCUGAUCUGAUGCAAGUCUGUAACUUGUAUCAGUUGUGAACGGGUAAACAGUUUUACCUUCAUUCAUUUGGUUUAUUGAUGUAUGAACUUGUCAGCUGACCACAGUAUAUGUAUGUAGCUGUGGUUCAUGACGGUAUGAACUUGUCAGCUGACUACAGUAUAUGUACAUAGCUGUGGUUCAUGAUGGUAUGAACCUGUCAGCUGACCACAGUAUAUGUAUGUAGCUGUGGUUCAUGACGGUAUGAACCUGUCAGCUGACCACAGUAUAUGUAUGUAGCUGUGGUUCAUGGUGGCAUGAACCUGUCAAGUGACCAAAGUAUAUAUGUAUGAAGAUGUGGUUCAUGGUGUCAUGAACCUGUUAAGUUACCAAAGUAUAUAUGUAUGUACCUGUGGUUCAUGAUGUCAUGAACAUAGUAUAUGCAUGUAUCUGUGGUUCAUGGAGGUAUGAACAUGUCAAGUGGCCACAGUAUAUGUAUAUAUUUUGCAGCUGUGGUGACCAUAGUAUAUGUAUGUAGCUGUGGUUCAUGGAGGUAUGAACCUGUCCGAUGACCAUAGGAUAUGUAUGUAGCUGUGGUUCAUGAUGUCAUGAACCUGUCAAGUAACCAUAGUAUAUGUAUGUAGCUGUGGUUCAUGGAGGUAUGAACCUGUCAAGUGGCCACAGUAUAUUUAUAUAUUUUGCAGCUGUGGUGACCUUAGUAUAUGCAUGUAGCUGUGGUUCAUGAUGUCAUGAACCUGUCAAGUGACCAUAGUAUAUGUAUGUAGCUGUGGUUCAUGGAGGUAUGAACCUGUCUGAUGACCAUAGUAUAUGUACAUGUAUGCAGAUAAAAGUUACUCUCUAAGCUGGUUUACAUUUACUCUUAUGUAUGUGAAUUACACACCUUGUGAAUGUGAAUAUGUAUUUGAAAUAAACCAUUUUUCUCAG